CAAAAUGAAACUCCAAUCUUGUGGGGUUUUCUUGACUAUAGUACUGAUCUAAUUUAUAUCGCUGAUAUCUACCUCUCAACACGAACUGGCUACUUAUCCCAUGGCAUCGUCGUCACUGAUCGCCAUAAAUUGCGUCAACAUUAUUUCCGCUCUGGACGGGUUGUGAUGGAUGUUAUUUGUUUAUUACCUUUCGAUUUUUUCUAUUAUAACGUUACGCAAAUGUUUCCCAUUAUACGCAUUGGACGAUUAUUAAAAUACUAUCGCACAAACGAUUUCUACCGUUUAAUCCAAUCACGGACUUAUCGGCCCAAUUUUUGGCGAAUUUUAAAUUUAAUUCACACCUUAUUUAUACUCAUCCAAUGGUUCGCUGCAAUUUAUUACAUGAUAUCAGGCUAUAUCGGUUUUGGCUCGGAUGGAUGGGUUUAUCCAGAGCCUGUUGGUAUUAACGGCAAUUUAUCCGUCAAGUAUUUAAAAUCGGUCUAUUGGGCAACGUUAACAUUAACAACCAUUGGUGAAAUCCCCUCGCCAGUUACACAAAUUGAGUACCUUUUCACUCUAUUAAGUUAUUUCUGUGGAUUAUUUAUUUUUGCUUCUAUUGUCGGCUUAUUGGGUAACGUUAUUGCUAAGCGAAAUGCUAGAAGAUCUCAAUUUGAUCAAUUACUGGACGAUGCAAAAGAAUAUAUGUCUAAACGAAACGUAAGCAGCAAUUUGCAGACUCGUGUUCAACGAUGGUUCGAUUAUUCCUGGGAAAGAGGCCAACUAAAUGGUAUUGGAGAAGCUAGAGCAAUCAGUAUGCUACCAACCAAAUUAAAAACCGAAUUAGCUCUUCAUGUUCAUUUAGAGACACUAAAAAAGGUCACAUUAUUUCAAAACUGUGAACGAGAAUUCCUUCAUGAUCUAGUUCUUAAAAUGAAACAUCACAUUUAUACACCUAUGGAUUUAGUUUGCCAACUUGGUGAAAUUGCCCGUGAGAUGUACAUUAUUAGCAACGGCAAAUUGGAAGUGUUAAGCGAAAGUGGAGCAGUUAUAGCUACAUUGAAAGAAGGUGAUUUUUUCGGUGAAAUUGGAGUUUUAAGUCUAUCAGAAGCAGCAAACAGGCGAACUGCUAAUGUUCGAUCGAUUGGCUUCUCAGAAUUAUUUGUAUUAUUAAAGGAUGAUGUACUGGAAGCUAUGGAAGAUUAUCCAAAAGCUAAGGUAUCAUUACAG